UCGUGUCUCGUUGCCGAUUCGCAAAGUCGGAUUUUUUUUUUGUCCUUUUUCACUUCUUCCCACGCUCCCGUUCUCUGUCCUGUUUCCGUCACUUUAAUCAGCCCUUUUUAAUUACUGACACCCUCGGAGUCACCCUUCGUUCGCUCACUCGUCACCUUUGGGAGAUGGAGCCAUGGAGCAGGAGACAGAAAAGGAAAACGAGGUCCUGUCUUUCCCACGGGUGCUGGAACAGACUCUUAAGACGAAUGGCCGAGCGAGGACACGUGGACUUCUGUUCCACCACAUCCUAGGUCAAAGCCACUGAGCUGUAAAAACAUCUACAUGGUCUACAUGCAUAUUACGAAUACUACUGAGAGAAAGCACACAGUCGCCACACAGGAGGUCUGAUCUUAACGAAGCCCGAUUUAUCGUGACCUCCGACGUCCUCGGAUUUUGAUGCAUUGACGUCGCUUUGCUUUGUUAUUAGUUCCCACGCCACAACAGCCUGCGAACUUGUGCCUGCUGCUAAUCACAUCGGCUGGGGCUCGUGAGGAGAUCUGUCAGGUGAAGACACUCACACACUCUCAAUACCUCAUAAGUCCUACCACUGAGAGCCAGCAGAGGGAGGAAACAAACCUUUGGCUAUAAGAUGGCUACAUUGCGCUUCGGGCAGCACAUUAUAAAGGCAUCGGCUAUGUUUCUGCAAACAGACCUGUCCUUCGCUCUGGUUAAUCGGAAGCCUGUGGUGCCAGGCCAUGUGUUAGUGUGUCCCUUAAGGCCGGUCGAGCGUUUCCGUGACUUGCGGCCUGAUGAAGUGGCGGAUUUGUUCUGCACCGCUCAGAGGGUGGCCAACGCCGUGGAGAAACACUUCAGUGCCUCCUCCUUGACUAUCGCCAUCCAGGACGGACCCGAGGCCGGACAGACGGUGAAGCAUGUGCACGUCCACGUGCUGCCGAGGAAGCCUGGAGACUUCGAGAGGAACGACAGCAUCUACGAUGAGCUGCAGAAACAUGACCGUGAAAGCGAAGACGUUGCGUCCAAAUGGAGAUCGGAGGAAGAGAUGGAGAAAGAAGCAACGGAGCUGAGAGGUCUCUUCAGUUAGUUUAUUUUGGUUAAAAAAAGAGAAAAAAAACAAGAAAGAAAAAGUGUAUUAUAAAAGUGUAAUAUAAACACUGUCUAAUUGGUAUCACUUAGAAAUGCUGUUAAACAUUCUCGAUAAAAGUGUUUCCGUACUAUACGGAUGCAACGAAAAA